UCGUGCCCAAGUUCCCCCAAACUGUUGUCGUGGGACCACACUCUGCUCCUCUCCCGCUCCCCUCAGCUCCUUCAGGAUCUAGUUUCUCAGGGAUGGCCGCAUCUAUUCUGGAGGUAGGGAAUAUCAUUGAAGAAGCACGCUAUGGCUCCAGUCCUCUGGCUAUGCUAACCGCCACCUGUAACAAGUUUGGAAGCACCAGCCCCAUCAGGGACACCGCCACACCAGGCAAGCACGGAAACACCGCGCCGCUGAAGAAAGCCUACGGGAUGACCUCCGACCUGCACGCCAAGAACGGCCGCGACGCCAGCGGCCUCACGGACUCCUACACUGGCUCCUUCGCGGCGGCCGGAGGCGGGGGAGGGGGAGGACUCCUCCCCCCCUCGGGGAGCCCCCCUCCGUCGGGCGGCGGCUACGCCUCCGAGUACAACCCUUUCUCCCACUCCUUCCAGACCUCGGGCUCCCAGGACCCGUCCCUGCUUGUCUCCAAGGGCCACGGCGCGGCGGACUGCCUGGCCAGCGUCUACACCUCCCUGGACAUGACGCACCCCUACGGCUCCUGGUACAAGACGGGCAUCCACCCGGGCAUCAGCGCCGCCCCGGCCAACAGCACCUCCUCCUGGUGGGACGUCCACCCCAACUCCAACUGGCUGUCGGCCGCCCAGCCGCAGGACUCCGGGGGCCUUCAGGGUUCCCUGCAGCCCGUCGCCCCCCAGGCCUCGCUCAGCCCCCAGCUGCCGAGCUACAGCACCGACUUCACCCCGCUGAACCCCGCCCCGUACUCCUCCGUGGGCCUCGGCUCCUCCUCCCACCUCCUGCAGCCCACACAGCACAUGCUGCCCCAGGACAUGUACAAGCCCAAGCCCGUCCCCGGCACGGGGCUGAUGGAGAGCCAGAUGGGCCUGAAGCCCGCCCGGGGGUCCGGGGGCUACGGCGGCGGCGGCGGCGGCGGAGGAACCCAGAGCCGGUCCUCCUGCGACUGCCCCAACUGCCAGGAGCUGGAGCGCCUGGGGGCGUCGGCCGCCUCCCUGCGGAAGAAGCCCGUCCACAGCUGCCACAUCCCGGGCUGCGGGAAGGUGUACGGCAAGGCCUCCCACCUCAAGGCCCACCUCCGCUGGCACACGGGCGAGCGGCCCUUCGUGUGCAACUGGCUGUUCUGCGGCAAGCGCUUCACGCGCUCGGACGAGCUGGAGAGGCACGUGCGCACGCACACGCGGGAGAAGAAGUUCACGUGCCUGCUGUGCAACAAGCGCUUCACGCGCAGCGACCACCUCUCCAAGCACCAGAAGACCCACGCCGAGACCGCCCUGCAGGGGAAGGGCCCGGGGGGGGAGGGGGAGGCGGACCCCCGGGGAGAGGAGGGCGCGGAGGUCAACAACGGCGCCGGGGCGGGCAACACGGUCGCCGAGGCGAUGAGCAACGGAGAGGAGAAGAACGGCCCGCCCAACGGGGUGGAGAACAGCAGCGGCCUGCUGGAGAUCUGACCCGGCCCCGUGAGGCGCGCUUCAGUCGGGGCUUGGUUUCGCCCGUUGGUCAGGUUGGGUGAUGAGUUGAGGUCACCGGUAAAGGGUAUCAAACCCCUCGGCAGUGUGAGGGUCAGACGGACAAUGUUUGGACAGACUUUGCAACAAAAAAAAAACGGACUCGGCAUGUCACAGGUUUCGAUCCACCUGCCGUGGACCACACACGUGAGCCGCCUCACAUUGGCAUGCCUGUUUAAAUGGGUGUUUCCAACCAUAUGUACGUAAAUAGACAUGCACACACACACACACACACACACACACACACACACACACACACACACACACACACACACACACACACACACACACACACACACACACACACACACACACACACACACACACACGCAACUCAAACAUAAACAUAUGCAAAGUGCAGACACAAACAUGUACAGACAGCAUAAAUAAAUACACAAACAUACACAAAAAAUAUGCAGGGAAUGACUUUUCAGAGAGAGUAAGAGUUGGCCGUACACGUGAGCACACAGACAGGCCACACACACACUCACACAUACCGACUCGAGCACACACACACACACACACACACACACACACACACACACACACACACACACACACAAAGCUAAAUCAAAGGCAUGUAAGUAGUGGGAGGCCCAUAUAAAUGUUUGAAUUUAGAAUGAGAAAUAUGAGGAAAUUGAAUCUACAGUAUGGUAAAGAAAAUAGCUAAGGCCACAAACCAAAGCAGUGAUUCUAGAGAAUUAUUGGGAGAUGCAAUUGUUGAAAGAUUGCAUGCCGAGAGAGAAUUAAGGCCUCACUUACUCAGCAUUAUCCAAAUUAUCCAAAGAUUCCUGACACACUGCCUCUUGUUGCCAAAGAAAAUUUGAUUUAAACAUUGUAUAUGUCAUACGUUUGCCUGUUUGCUUCAUGCUUUGUCUAAUUUAAUUUCAUAUUUACAUAAAAUAAUUAAUUUAUGUCUUAAAUUAUACACAUGGAAGAUUCUCUUGCAGCACACAGGAAAUAUAAUGGCCUGAAAACUGCAAGAUAGUUCAAGCUGGCCAAAAAAUGUUUUGAUUUAAUUAAGCCUUUUGUUCUAUUUAUUGAUUUUAAGGGGGAGACAGUGCUAUGGUGUUUGACGUUUUAUUUAUAAAUCCGGAAGGUAGAAAACUAUCUCCUUACGCCUUUUUAUCGUGAAGUUUACCACACACGUUACAUAAAAGUAACUUUGAAUAGGGGCUUUUCAUUAUUUUUAUAUGCAUUUCCAACAAAAUUACAGAUGUAUAAGAAUAAGAAAAGUGCAUUAUAAAGUAUCUUAUUUUUCUAUGUAUUUUCUGUACUUGGAGAAGGUUGAAACUUUCCUUAAAGAGGAGAUGCCUGAGUAGCUUCAGGUAAAAAAAUAUCACGUAUGUGUAAUAACUGAUGUUGAUUUUAUUGUAUUAUUCAAACUAAAUAUGAGUUGUGCGUUUGUCUCGGAUUGUGAAAUGUGUGUGUAUGUCAAUACUGUCAUUGAAGAUAAAACAUGAACCCUUGUCUUUUUAAACAACACAUGAUAUUCAGUCGUGACUUUCUGGGGACCUUUAUUUGAAAACCUAAAACAACUGAACUGAUUCUUCCUCACUGGUGCUAUUUUGAUAUUAAACUGUUUUGAACGUA